AUGGAUAGGCUCGACGGUUCUGCCCGCCUCGUGCUCGUUUCCGAUCUUGAUCAGACGAUGAUUGAUCAUCAGGAUCGAGAGAACCUGUCCUUGCUUAGGUUCGAGGCGCUGUGGGAGGCCGAGUUCUCCCAGGAUUCUCUGCUGGUCUUCUCGACUGGAAGAACGCCAAUCAGUUACAAGGGCUUGCGUAAAGAUAAGCCUCUGAUCACACCGGACAUCACUAUCAUGUCUGUGGGAACCGUGAUAGCAUACGGUGAAGAGAUGAUCCGUGAUGUUGGCUGGGAGGAGUAUCUGAACAACAAUUGGGACAGGACUAUUGUCGUUGAGGAGACAGCUAGGUUCUCUCAGCUAAAGCCUCAGCCAGAGAGGAAUCAGGGUCCCCAUAAGGUUAGCUUCUUCGUUGACAAGCAAGGUGCUCAAGAAGUAAUGGAUUAUCUCCCACAGAAGUUGGAGAAACGUGGGCUAGAUGUGAAAAUAGUCUACAGCAGCGGUGAGGCGCUUGAUGUUUUACCACGAGGUGCAGGCAAGGGCCAGGCCCUUAUGUACUUGUUAAAUAAGCUCAAUUCAUAUGAGAAACCACCAAAGAAUACUCUUGUUUGUGGUGACUCUGGAAACGACGCAGAACUAUUCAGUGUCCCAUCUGUAUAUGGAGUCAUGGUCUGCAAUGCCCAAGAGGAGCUGCUUCAGUGGUAUGAAGAAAAUGCAAAGGAUAAUCCUAAGAUAAUUCAUGCAACUGAGAGAUGUGCUGCCGGUAUCAUGCAAGCUAUUGGACACUUCAAACUAGGACCCAAUGUUUCUGCAAGAGAUCUUGAGUUCCCUUAUCUAAAGGCAGACACCGCUAAGCCUGCAGAUGUGGUGGUGAAGUUCUAUGUUCUCUAUGAGAAGUGGCGGAGGGGUGACCUUCCAAAUUCUUCAUCAGUUAUGCAGUACUUGAAAAGCAUUACUCAUUUGAAUGGUACAAUUAUUCAUCCUUCUGGAUCUGAACGUUCUCUUCACGCAUCUAUUGAUGCUCUAAGUUCUUGCUAUGGGGACAAACAAGACAACAAGUUCCGGGUAUGGGUGGACAGACUAGUUACAUCGCCAAUUGGUACAAGUAACUGGUUGGUGAGAUUUGACAACUGGGAAAUGGAAGGUGGUGUUCGGUAUUGCUGCCGCACUACUCUUCUGCUGAAUAUUAAGCCUGAGACUCCAGAGGACUUGGAGCUGAUACACAUCCACAAUACCUGGGUUGAAGGACACUCUGGAGGGAGCGAGCACACGUUCAUCUUGGAACCCAACUGCAGAAACACCCAACAUUCCCUGCCAGCAAUCUUGGCAAGAGCUUCAAUGGAGAAGCUCGACGCUUCAGCCCGUCUUAUGAUUGUCUCGGAUCUUGAUCAGACCAUGGUUGAUCACGAUGAUCCAGAAGACCUGUCCUUGCUGAGGUUCGAGGCGCUCUGGGAGGCCGAGUUCGCCCAUGAUUCUCUUCUCAUCUUCUCGACUGGGAGAUCGCCAAUCAGCUACAGCGAUUUGAGGAAAAACAAGCCUCUGAUCACUCCGGACAUCACCAUCAUGUCUGUGGGAACUGUGAUAGCUUAUGGCGUUGACAUGGUUCGCGAUGUUGACUGGGAGGAGCAUUUGAGCAGCAACUGGGACCGAGAUAUCGUCGUCGAGGAGGCGACAAAGUUUCCUCAGCUCAAGCGUGAGGCAGCUGAAUCCUCUGUACGGAUACAGCCAGAGAAGGAUCAGGGUCCCCAUAAGGUUACCUUUGUGGUUGAAAAGCAAGGUGCUCAGGAAGUAAUGCAUGCUCUCCCUCACAAGUUGAAGAAACAUGGGAUACAUGUAAAAAUAAUCUUCAGCUACGGUGUGCUUAUUGAUGUGGUACCACAAGGUGCAGGAAAAGGGCAGGCUCUUCAGUAUUUGCUGAACAAGUUCAAUUCACAGAGGAAAGCACCCAACAAUAUUCUUGUUUGUGGCGACUCUGGAAAUGAUGCAGAAUUAUUCAGUGUCCCAUCAGUCCAUGGCGUCAUGGUCAGCAAUGCCCAAGAGGAGCUUCUUCAAUGGCGUGAAGAAAAUGCCAUGUGUAAUCCCAAGAUAAUUCAUUCAACUAAGAGAUGUGCAGCCGGUAUCAUGCAAGCUAUUGGACACUUCAAACUAGGACCUAAUGUUUCUCCUAGGGAUCUUGAAUUCCCUCAGCCAAAGCUAGGCAUCAUCAAGCCUGCAGAUGUGGUGGUGAGGUUCUACGUUAUCUACGAGAAGUGGCGGAGGGGCGAAGUUCAAAAGUCCCCAUCAGUAAUACAGUACUUGAAAAGCAUUGCUCAUUUUAAUGGAACAAUUAUUCGUCCCUGUGGAUUGGAGCAUUCUCUUCAUGCAUCCAUUGAUGCACUGCGUUCAUGCUAUGGUGACAAAAAAGCCAAGAAGUUCCGGGUAUGGGUGGACAGGCUUGUUACAUCACCGCUGGGUACAAGUAACUGGUUGGUUAAGUUUGACAAAUGGGAAAUGGAAGGUGAUGCUCGGUAUUGCUGCCGCACAACUCUUCUUCUGAAUAUGAAGUCCGAGACUCCUGAGGGAUUGGAGCUGUUACAUAUCCAGAAGACCUGGCUUGAAGGACACUCUGCAGCAAGUGAUCACACAUUCAUCUUAUAG